AAGUAAGUACCACUAGUACCAGUCGAGUGGAAGCGAGAGUGUCGGGGCACCGGCGUCGGCGAGCAGAGGAAGUGCUUAGCGCCGUUUAGUCGCUCGUCGGAUAGCGAAAAUUAAGCGCAUUCCGUUCUGUACGGUCUGCGAGAGAUAGACGAGUACCGGAGUACCGUCGAGCGUGUGUGUGUAUGUGUGUGCUCUUCGACGCGUCAACGAUUCGUCGACCUUGAACUGCGCGGAUUGCCCGCGAAUAUUUUUUUUUAUUUCGAACGAUAUAUUGUAUGCACUCGGUUUGGAAAAAUAUUUGAGGGAAAAUUGGCGGUGUUGUGGUCGAAGAUUGACUGUUUGAUAUUUCGAUAUUGUGGCUCGAAAUGACUAAUGUUAAUAAAAUAAGAGUGGUGGUUCUGGGGAGUCCCCGCGUCGGGAAAUCAGCUGUGACGGUUCGUUACCUGACGAAAAGAUACAUAGGCGAAUACAGUUCGACGAGCGAUUUCCUCUAUCGCCACAACGUCACAUUCGAUAACGUAACGACAGAAGUAGAAAUAUUGGACACGUCCAAAUGCGCUAAAAAUGGUUGCCUUUAUGAGCACAUUCGCUGGGGCGAGGCGUUUGUCAUCGUGUACUCGGUGGUGGAUAAGCACAGUUUUCACGAAGCCCAGGAAAUUCUCGGACAACUAGUUAAAUUGAAACUACCAUCGUACUAUACCAGUCUGCUGCUAGGAAAUAAAAGGGAUUUGGACCACUCGAGGCAAAUCUGCGUGGACGACGGGCAGGAGUUGUCGCUGCGCUACGGCUGCCAAUUCUACGAGGUCAGCGCGGCGGAGAACUUCGCCGGCGUUUCGCUGGCGUUCCAGUCCCUCCUCAGGGAGGCGAGGUCGGUGCAGCUGCUCAAGGCGCUGCCGAUCCGGAGGAAACUGGGCGUCAACAGCGUGUCGAAGGUGUUAGGCAACAUUUUCGGCAAGAAUUCGAAGGGCGACCGCAAAAAGAGACCGUCGCUGAGCAUAUAAAUAUUACUAUUGUUUUACGUUUGUAUGUACAUUUUUACACAGUUCCUUAUUUAUUUAAGAUUAUUUUGACACUAGUUAAUGUGAUAUAUAGCGGAGUCUUUUUUUUUACCAAUCCAUUUUCGCGUUUCGCUGAUCUACUGAUAGCUGAUAAGACUGAAAUUUUUUUUUAAUUGGAUCGAUCGAGCAAUCUGACAAUAAUUGAUUAAAAUACGAUGAUGAUUUCGAGAUGAAAUUUGGUAAUUACCCAACCGAAAUAAAGUGAUGUUGAAUAUGUACAAAAUAGUUUUAUAAAUAAAUAAUGUAUCUUCGAAUUAACAAUUAACAUCGACAAAUGCAAGUGCCUAUAAAUUAAUAUAAUUCCAUUUUUUAUAUUGUAAAUAGUUGUAUAUUGAUCUCAAUAAAAAGAUUCUUUUAUUUUUUCCUAC